AUGAAGUUUGGCAAGUAUUUGGCCGCUCGCCAGUUGGAAUUGCCCGAAUAUUCGGGUCAUUGCAUCAACUACAAGGCAUUGAAGAAGCUGAUCAAUGCUCUGGUAGCCAAUAACAACAACAAUAACGAUCAAUCUUUACAGGACAAGAAGGGCUCGUUCUUUUUCCGGUUAGAAAGAGAGUUGGAGAAGGUGAACGACUUUUAUUUGGAGAAAGAGGCCGAGUUGAAGUUUCGGCUUGAUAUCUUGGUUGAGAGAAAAAACAAGGCUCUUGCCGAUGGCCGAUUGGACAAUGUUACCAAGAACUCCAUUGCGUUUGUCACGUUGUAUGAUGGACUUAAGAAGUUUUCCAAAGAUUUGGAUCGUUUGGAGCAGUUUGUUGAGCUCAACGAGACCGGGUUCACCAAAGUGUUGAAGAAAUGGGACAAGAGGUCCAAGUCCAGAACAAAAGAACUGUACUUAUCUACUGCAGUCAAUGUUCAGCCUGUUUUCCAUAGAGACCAGAUCAUUGAGCUGAGUGAUCUUGUUGCCAACAAUUUGAUGGAAUUGGAGGCCAAAGUCGAAGGUGGCGGUUUUGUUCGGUACGAAACAAAAGAUACGGUGAGGAACGACGAUGCAGAGCUCGAUAAGGGGGAUAGAGAGUCGGACGAACUGUACACUGAUUUCUACGAAAUCAUUGCCCAGAAUGCCAACAGAGCGAAAGAUGAGCAGGUCUCGAAACUCCACGAGUGGGUCAACCAGGUGUUAUCCAAGCUGAGCCCCGAUAACAAGAAGUUCACCAUUUCCAAGGUGUUUUUGUUGCUUAUACCGAACCUUCAAAUUCCGGACGAGGCAUUGAAGUAUUUCUACGACAACUUCAAACAGUUCAUCGACAUUCAUCUCGUGGACGACCUGAACGGCCGUACGUGUUUGCAUGAGGCGGCUUCGUGCAAAACCGGCCGUGUUGCAACCGUGAAACUGUGUCUGGAAAACAACAUCGACCCAACUUUGAAGGACGUCACUGGACGGACCUGUUUGCAUUACAUCACAGAAAACGGCAGAGACGACCUGCUUUUGCUUGUAUUGGAGUACGCUCCCAAGAUCAAGCCGUUGUCCAACUUGAUCGACGUCAUGGAUAACGAGUCCAUUUCUCCGUUACUGAUGGCUAUCAUCAACAACCACGUUUCUUCCGUGGAUAUCCUGUUAAAACACGGUUCCAACGCGUUCCCGCAACAGGACGAUCUCAAACCAAAAUACCUGCCCCUCAAUGUUGCCUGCAAGACAGGAAACUUGCAAGUGGUUCAAUUGUUACUCAAUCAGGUGAGCACUCCUGCUCAGGCCAAGGAAAUGGGUCUAUUGACGAAAUCUUUCCAGAGCAACGCGGAAGGUUUGCUUCCACUGCAUAUUGUUGCGUCUUCUGGUCAUGACGAGCUGCUUGCCCUGUUGUUGCAAUACGGAGCAGACGUAAACCAACUGGAUAAACUCAACAAAUGGACACCGAUUUUCUACAGUGCAAUCAAAGGCUACGCUUCCACCACUCAAAAGCUUAUAGAAUACGGAGCAGACUUUGAUGUUAAAGACGAAGACGGAUUGAAUCCUCUAUACUAUGCGAUCUGGGAAGGAAAUGUUGGAGCUAUCAACGUUCUGAUUGAAUCUUUCAAAUCGAAAAGCAGUGGCGUCGAGCCUGUCCAAGAAUCUUCGGCAGAACUUGCUCCUCCAAAAGCCCCAAGUCUCAGUUUCACGAAAAAUGUCAUGUCACCAAUGGUUCCGACUCCGUCAGAAGACCUCCCGUCUCUGGCUGAGCUAAGCAAUGUCGACAUGAUUCCGGAUCUGUCGCUUCCUCCGCCGAUUAUUCCAUUGAGGAAGUACGGUCACAAUUUCCUCGAAAAGAAGAUUUUCCUCAAACUGUCCUUCUACACCAGCAGAAACUCCAUCAAACUCAACCCUGACACGUUCCUGACCUCUAUUCCUGGACGAAUCACUAUCAGUUGCGAUAAGAACGAUCUGAUUCCGAGAAACCUGCUACUUCCUGUGCUGGACAACGAGAAGUCCAUCACGUUCCAAACAGACACGUUUGACGACUUUGCUGUGGACUUUGAACUGUUCCCGACGUUUGGAACACGGCUGAUUGCCAAGUCCACGUUGCCAUCAACACUAUUCCAGAGCCUGUAUCCGGGAGUCGGAUCAAAACUAAGUGGAGAUCUGGAGAUUCCGCUGUUUGACCUCAGACUUCGCAACAUCGGGUCACUCAAGUUCAACUACGAGGUUGUUUACCCGUAUUCGGGAAUUCCGUUGGAGAUUUCCAUGUACGACACUUACUGGAAGUCAUCGUCGUCUGCUGCUGCGGUCAAGUCGAUCUCGUUUGUGACCGCCUCCUCGCUGAGCGGAGAGUACUACAGAGUCAAAGUUUGUUUCCUUGGCGACGGAACACCUUUGGUGUGUCCGAGCUGGGAGGUGAAUUUCAACGGCGUGCAACUGCCGGUGUGCACGUUCGAUUUUGCCCAGUUGCAAAAGAUCCUUUACUCGCCGAACGAGUACGAAUCGCUGUGUUUGCAACUGCGACAGGUGAACAGUCUUAAGAGCGAUCUCAAGAGUUUGGAAGAAAUCAUGUCCAAGUUGUACAUCCCGCUAGAAUCGUUUUUGCAGAACGUCUGUGUGGACAUCUCGUUGAACCUGGAGAUUUUCUAUCCGUCUGUGUUUGAGCUCAAAUUCUUCGACAUGAAGUGCUACUCUGUGUCUGCCCAGAAACUUGUUUCCAAAUGUGAGGCCACGAAUCUGAACCCGAUCACCGACAAUGUUCUGAACAACUACAUCGACCUGAUACUUAAGGACGUGUUCACACACGUGCGUGCACUGCGUACGGAGGGCGAACGACACCGGUCGCUGAUCUUGUCGAGCGACAACGCCAUGGUGUGCACGAUUCUCAACUGGAAACAGCCCAACUACCCUGUUUUCUACAAUAUCAACGGUAUCAAGUACAACUUUGCGACGCACCGGUUCGAGCCAUGUUCGUCGAACGGGUUCUCGACCAGCGACAUCCAGAUCUGCGAGACCCGCACCACAGAGCUCAAUAUAGAGAACGUGGACUCCAUCAACAAGGACUCGGCAGUGUACUUGAACGACCUGCAAUACCAGGAUCAGUUGACGCGCUCGAUCAAGCUGGCAAUCAAUUUUGCAACCACCAACAACCUGCUGGGCCUGAUCAUCCCGAACGGGAUACUCUCGAUCUGUCCGGACCUGAUCAAGUCUGUUCGCUCCAAAGGUCUGAUUUUGGUUGCAAGCAAAGAAAGAGACACUACAGACGACCUCGAGUUCGAAUUCAUCAAGUCUGCCGAUAAACUCUCCGAUACCGAGAUCGACGUGAAUGGUUUGCGGUUCAACGACAUUUUGAGUUUUAAAGACGCAAUCGACAUGUGA